AUGAAGACCACCUUCCUCAACCUCGCCUUCGCGGCGUCGCUGGCUGCAGCCCAACCCCACGGCCACAACCACGCCCACCUGCACCAGAAGAAGGGCUCCCCCGUCGAGGCACGCGACCCCGAUGUCGUGACCACCAUCGUGCCCGCCACCGAGACCGCCUACGUCCUGGGAGACCAGGUCGUCACCCCCGAGGAGGCCAAGGCCGGUAUCGACAAGGGCCUCUACAUUGUCGUCGGCGAGACCACCCCGACCUACACCCCCCCUCCCGUCUCGAGCACGGCCAAGCUCGAUGCCCAAUUCCUGCAGAAGACCUCCAAGACCUCGACCUCUUCUACUCCCCAGCCUACCUCGACCACCACGUCCGCUGCUCCUGCUGCCACCAGCAGUAAGGCCGCCACUUCUGGCGCCACUGGCGUCGAUGCCGAGUUCCCCAGCGGCGAGAUCGACUGCAGCGACUUCCCGUCCGAGUACGGCGCCAUCGGCGUCGACUGGCUCGGCACCUCCAAGUGGUCUUCCAUUCAAAAGACCCCCAGCUACUCCUUCGGCAUUGACUCCGUCAUCUCCUACAUUGUCGCUGGUGUUACCGGAGACGGCUGCACCAAGGGUGCCUUCUGCUCGUACGCUUGCCCUGACGGCUACGUCAAGUCUCAGUGGCCCUCAGCCCAGGGUGCCACCGGACAGUCUAUUGGCGGUCUCUACUGCAACGCGCAGGGCAAGCUGGAGCUUACCCGCCCUGAGUACAAGACCAUCUGCCAGAAGGGUAUUGGCGGCGUCAAGAUCGUCAACAAGCUCAACGUUGGCUGCGCUGUUUGCCGUACCGACUACCCCGGCAGCGAAGCCAUGGUUCUGCCUCUGUGGACCGAGCCUGGCAACACUUACGACCUCACCAACAUCGCCUCCAGCGCUUACUACGAGUGGGAUGGCAAGGCCACGACCCUUCAGUACUACGUCAACCCCAGAGGCGUUUCCGUCGAGGACGGCUGUGUGUGGGAUAGCCCUACCAACCCCGACUCCGCUGGCAACUGGGCCCCUCUCAACAUUGGUACUGGCCAGAGCAGCGACGGUAUUACCUACUUGUCCGUCUUCAAGAACCAGCCAACCACCACCGCCCCCUUGGAUUUCGACAUCGUUGUCAGUGGCGAUAUCAGCGGCUCUUGCGCAUACAAGAACGGCGCUUUCACUGAUGGCUCAAACGGCUGCACUGUCGGUGUUUCCGAUGGCAAGACAGCCAUCAUCACUUUCCAGGAGCGAUCAUAA